AUGCAAACACGCCAAGACGCGUGGGCAUCUGCCUGGGUCGCACGGCACCCGCACCCGCACCGCCAGAGACCAUGUGGCGCCGCGCUGGAGCCGGGCCGCUCCGCCACCACCUCGCUGCAGCCGCCGCCGCCGGCUGCCGCGUUAAUCGACGCCCGCUGCCUCCUAUGCCCCCCCGCCUCAUCCUCCCCGCCUCUUGCUCUCCCCUGUCCCAGCACAAUCUUGGAAUCUUGUGGGGUUCCGCUUCUGUCGGGCUCCCUUCCGGAGCCUGUCGAACCAGUCAGGCGGCGGCGGCGCGUGCUGGAGCUGCGGAGCGUGCAGCCCGUCGACCCCGCCGUCGACUACUUCCAAAUAUUUGGCCUAAAAAGAGAAUAUAAUAUAAAGGAUAAUAACUUGGAAGGGAAGUACAAGGACUGGCAGAAGAAGUUACAUCCUGACCUAGUUCACUCGAAAUCUGAGAAAGAGAGGGGCUAUGCUGCGGAGCAGUCAGCACUUGUGAUUGAUGCGUACCGCACACUCAGCAAACCUUUAUCAAGGGCAUUGUACUUGUUGAAACUCGAGGGGAUACAUGUCGAUGAAGACAAGACUAUCAAUGAUCCAGAACUUCUUACGGAGAUGAUGGAGAUACGGGAAGCUGUCAGCAAUGCCAGUGAUUCUCAAACCCUGGAGAAGAUCCAAUCUCAGAUUAAGGAAAAGCUUGAAACCUGGUCUGAUUCCUUCCAGAAGGCAUUUGACAAGAAGGAUUUUGACCGUGCAGUGGAAGCUACACAGAGAAUGAGGUACUAUGAACGUGCAGUGGAAGAAACGGUGAAGAAGCUCUGA